GGGAGGUAGGGUUCCUGCUAUCCUCUGUAUUGGUCGGGCGAGAGGACGGCUUGCGGCUAGGGUAAGGUGUCCAACAUCUCGGAUCGGAUGGGGGUGUUCACAUUCGUGUGCAGAAGCUCCGGCGCCGACUGGAGCGCAAAGCAGCUCUCCGGCGACCUCGAGGCGUCCGCGUCCUCGACCUACGAGCUCCAGCGGAAGCUGGUCCAGGCCGCGCUCGCCGCCGACUCCUCCGGCGGUGUUAACUCCUCCUUCUCCAUGGUCUCCCCCUCUUCCGCCGUCUUCCAGGUGAUAAUUGGUGGAGGUGGUGGUGGUGCAUUCAUCGGUGGAGCGGCUGCAGGUUCUGCAGCAACUGGUUCGGCUGCUGGCGGUGCUGCUCCCGAGGCACCUCCUGCCGAGGAGAAGAAGGAAGAGAAAGAAGAGAGUGAUGAGGAUAUGGGAUUCUCGCUCUUUGAUUAGAUUUCCAUUCUUAUCUAUCAAGAGAACAGUUUGAGUUUGCAGUUUUGGUUUGCUUUAUUAGGUAUCAUGUUUAUGGAAUUCACUCUUUUUGUGAAGAAAUUCAACAAACAUGGAAUGAUUGGGACUGGCAGAUUCUACUUUAUUAGGUAUUAUGGAAUGAAUGAUUGGGACUGGCAGAUUCUACUUUAUUAGGUAUUAUGGAAUGCUCUCUUGUUAUAACUAAGCUGAUUCAUGUUAUAUUCCAGCUUAAUAAUUCU